GGAGGUGGCAUUGCGGGGAUGACAGUCGCAGCCUUGCUGGCAAGAUAUCCAGAUAUCGAGGUUCACUUGUUUGAAAGCAAACCCGAAAUUCGCGCCAUCGGCGCUGGCAUCGCGGUGUGGAAAAGAUUUUGGGAUAUCUUCGAAGAAUACAUGGAUAUGGAUGAGCUGUCCGUAGCCACUGAGUAUCUGCUAGUAGCUAACUCCACUCUAGUUCGUGGACCCGUCCUCCGAAAGUCUGAUACAUCUUCCGGUGGAGUAGACUUCUCGCAAAUACCACAUGGACCUAGACUUGUCCCUCGCGAUGCCCUUCUUGACAUCCUUCACACGCACGCUGACACUGGACGAUGUCAUAUCAAAACGAACAAGAAGAUGAAGUCGUACAUCCAAGAAGAUUCUGGGAGGGUCACCCUGCUCUUCGAAGACGGUAGCGACUUCAAAACUGAUGUGCUCAUCGGCGCUGAUGGAGUCCAUUCGCGUGUGCGACAGCACAUGUUUCCAAGCAACGACGUGCUAUCUGCACCUCACUUCAGCGGUCAGUUUGCGUACAGGAUGAGCUGCCCAAAAGCCGAUGUCCAAAAGAGGCAUCCGAACAACGUGGCGUUAGACGGGUUCAAAAUAUGGUGCGGAAAAGGAAGACACGUAACCUCGAAUACUGUCCGGGACGACAUCCAGAUGACGGCAUACGACAAUGUGUUCGAUGCAGACGGGGUGGCGCCCCCUUUCGAUGGCUCAUGGGUUGCCGAGGUGCCAUCUUCACAAAUCGCCGAGCGUUUCGCCGGGUGGGAGCCAGACCUCGCCGAUCUGCUGCAGGUUCCAACGGUUGCAUCGCGAUGGGCCGUCCACGUCGUACACCCUCUUCCAACCUUCGCAACGGACCGCGUGUGCUUGAUCGGUGACGCUGCGCAUGCCAUGACACCACACCAAGGUCUUGGUGGGGGUCAAGGUGUUGAGGAUGCAUACAUCCUGGCUCGCUUACUAGGGCACCCCGGGAUGACGGCGUCCGAUGUGCCGCAGGCGCUAAAGAUAUACGACUCCAUCCGUCGGCCAGCUUCGCAAACGGUAUCGCGGCAGUCGUUAGUCAAUGGCCUGACGUAUGGGUUCUUUGGCAUGGAAGCCAAGGCACUAUCUCUGCCUGAGAUAGGAGAAGAGCUGGUUGAGAGCUGCCGGUGGCUGCUUGAGGACAGGGGUGCGGAAAAAGAAUGGCUGAAAGCGAAGUCUGCACUCAGCGCUGCGCUGGAGCAAUGCGAAGACGAUCCGGCUUCCUCCAAUCUCCUACCUGGCACUAGGCAUCGGGAAGCGAUGGUAUGUCACCAUGGUUGAUGAGGUACUGUGGCCCUCUCGUCACCUGCCGGGCGCUUCAUGGCAACCGUUAGUCUUAGCGAUCUGGGUUUUAGACUAGAAAAAGAUUGUGCAGUACAUCGGAC